GGAAGACGAUUUGAGUUUCUUUUCCAUAUGGAGCCGUCUGUCAAGCUUCGAGCACGCUUGUAACUAAAUCUGCUGCUGUCUCGUUGUCUGUGCCUUGUGUGUGUAAGUGCGGUAUGUCUUUUGUCAGAACGUCUUUAAAGGUCCUCGGGGUCGUCGCAGUUACCUCCCUGGUUGUGCUGCUCCUGCGGCACUGGAUGGCCACCAAGCAGUAUGUUUUUAACAAAGAAGAUAUCGCCAAGUUGGCCAAACAGUACGCAGGACAGGACCAUGAGCAGGCUUUCUCCAAAGUGGUGGUGGAGCUCAGGAAAAGGUAUCCUGGCCACAUCCUGCCAGAUGAAGACCUGCAGUGGGUGUUUGUGAAUGCUGGAGGGUGGAUGGGCUCCAUGUGUCUCCUCCAUGCCUCUCUCACAGAGUACGUCUUGUUGUUUGGUACUGCGGUGGACACAGGAGGGCAUUCAGGUCGUUACUGGGCUGAAAUUUCUGACACCAUCAUCUCUGGCACUUUCCGACAGUGGAAAGAGGGGACUACCAAGAGUGAAAUAUACUAUCCUGGCGACACCCUUGUGCAUGGAGUGGGUGAAGCCACGUCUGUUCAGUGGAGUGCUGGGACUUGGAUGGUGGAGUAUGGCAGAGGUUUCAUCCCUUCAACAAUGGGCUUUGCUCUAGCAGACACCCUCUUCAGCACGCAGGACUUCCUCACAAUGUUCUACACCCUCCACGUUUACAUGAAGGCUCUGCUGCUCGAGGCUGGCACCAUGCUUUCACAAACUGGAGUUCUCUGAGGAACAGGAGAGAAGAGAGACUUGCACAUGGGCACUGACGACAAAACAUCCUUUGCAAGUAAACUCUGCCAUGAGGGGAGUCUGUGCUGAUGGUUCCAUUUGCAAGAAUUUAACAUUUCUAUCAAUCUGGGCUGCAUCAAGCACUUCAUCUGAAUCAUUAAAAUUAUUUCACCUCAUUAAGAUUGUACAUAAAUAAAUGUAUAACUCUAUCUCAGAUUGUGAUCUUAACAUUUUCAAAAAAUAAGUCAAACUGAUGCAUUUCUUACGAAAGUACUUUUCAAUUUGAUCUCUGUUCCCAUGAAAAGACACAAGUUUCCUUCUGAGUCGAGCCCUAUUGUGUUUCACAGAAAUCUGCAUCAAUGCUCGGCAUCUUAUCCAGCUCAGUGUGCAAUGUUGUUGGAGCUCAGGCUUUUUCCACAGUUAUAUAGUGUCGAUGUUAGAUGUUAUUUUGGGAUCAUGUUUAAAUAUUUGAGGCCUUAUAACCUUAAAAGAUUAUGCGAUUAUGGCAAAUCACAAUAUGGUACUAGGGUUUGGAGUUCUAUAAAAUUACAGUAACCAGCGACGUCUAAAAACAGAUUAAGUUAAAUACUUGACUUUCAAAUGUUUCAGUACACAUUUUCCAAUGAAGGACUUACUUUGAAAACAAAUAUUCAAAACUGAAGUUAACUAAACUAAGCAAUCAAAUCCAGUCAAAGCUACUAUUUUCCUUAGAUAGCGGGCUGUCUCUCUCGCUCUCUCUCGCUCUCUCUCAAAGUUUAUUGCCUAAAAUGUAGAGUUUUGGGGUUUUUUUCUUUAAUUUUUAAAGAAACUGUUUCAAUCCAGGUUUAUGAUCUAUAAUUUUCCAUAACCCUCUCCUGAAACCAGCACUGACAAGAAAAAUAGUAAGUUUCUAAAAAAACAGCCAGCACUUCCUCAUUUAUAGCUGACCAUCUUGCACAACAUUUAUUAAAAAGAAAAAAAAAACAUUUGAAUCCCAAGAGGAAAGUCUUAUUACAUCUAUCUGAAUUAUGGCUAACGUUUAAUUUCAUAUAACAUAUUACAUAAUAAGAGACGACACUUUAUUGAUGUUGUAACUGUAUUGAUUCAAAGUCAUCUUUGCACUUUUCAUAUUUGUACAAGAAAAUGGGAAAACAGCUUUUCUUCUCUGAUCUUCUGCCCUGUUGGUCUGUAAUUGUUUCAUUGUUCUGCUGAAUGUGUAGCUUUAAUUGAAACUAUUGAAACUGACAGGAAAAAAACUUGAACAAUGAACUUGGAUUUCAGUGGUAUAGGUGUCCAUGUUUUAUUUUUGCACUAGCCCAUCAGGAGAAACGGAAAUCAGAUAACACUACCUGUGUCCAAUGUUUUACAAUGUCAAUGCAAUAUACUGGUGUUGUUGUACUCUUGGAAUUACUGUAAGUAAACUCAUGCUGUCGAAUUCACCACUUCCAACUAAACAGCCUUAUUUU